AUGAUCCGUUUGCUUAUAUUAUUCUUGAUGUUAUCGAGUUUGGGUUCGUUCGUUUCAUUAUCACCGCCGCUUAUCGAUAUUCCUGUUGCAGCGUUGUGCCAACUGGCCGCCGUCUAUUCGGAAGCGGCGAGGAAUCAAGAGUGCAGCAAUUGGAGUAGCUGGGGCAAGUGCGUCUGGCCGGAUCGCGUCAACAAUAAGCCCUACCUCAAGCAAGUGUCGGGAAUCUGUCAGCAGCACUGGUUCUACAGCUUCAUCAAACGAUGGGAGCCGGCUCUUAACAACUUCUACGAUUAUAUGGGCAGUGUGCUCAAAUCGAAGAAGCCUUGCGGCUUGUGCUCGUAUAAGCAAAGUUGCGGAUUCGGAGGAGCCGUCAAGUGCAAUCAGAGCCCAUUCACAGUCGAAGGCGGCCGUCCGUUGAUCCCGUUCUACGUCGCCGAGCGUCUCUGCUCGGCCAACGAUCUCGGCAAAACGCAGACCGAUUCGUGCGUCGUCGACUAUGAGAUGCUAAUGGAGAAUGGAAGUGAAUGCCAAUUAUGGCCGUCGCCAAAAGUCGAUUUGUCGACGGUCGAGGAGCAAUUCAGAGAGCACGUCAACACCCUUAAAUGGUACACAUGUAUUCCACAAAACCGUAAACUUCGUCGUGGUCGCGGCAAGACGGCCAAAUAUCGCCACGAGAAGGUUUGCCGAUGCUGCUGCUUCCCAUUCCGACCAAAUCCUAAGACGUUCAAAUGCGAGCAUGUGCCAGGAAAUCCAGUUGCUCCUGGAAUGGAACUUCUCUCCAAUGAGCUCUAA